AUGAGGGUCACUGCAGGCGCCCACUCCCUGGCGCCGGCGGCCGCGUCCCCAUUGCUCCGGCUGGGACGCCGAGGCGUCGAGGGGCGGGGCCUGCAGCGGCUCCGCGGCCAAAGAUCCUUCACCCCUCUUCCCCCCGCAGUGUACCACUGGGCGGAGAUGCGGGCCAAGAUGCGCCUCAUGGGCUUCAGGGCGGAAGCCGUCAAGCCGCUCAAUGAGGACGCGGCCGCCGAGCUGGGCGCCGAGCUGCUGGGUGAGGCCACCGUCUUCCUCGUGGCCGGCGGCUGCCUGGUGCUGGAGUACUGGCGCCACCAGGCGCACCAGCGUCGCAAGAGGAGCGAGCGGCAGGCCGCCUGGGAGGCGAUGCGGGACGAGGUGGGCCACCUGGCGCUGGCGCUGGAGGCCCUGCAGGAGCAGGUGCGCGCGGCGCCUGCGCAGAGCGCGCUGGAGGAGCUGCAGGCGCAGAUGCGAGAGGUGCGCGCCCGGCUCUGCGCCCGGGACCCGCCGUCCGCCCCCCCAGCGACGCCCGAGGAAUAGGGAAGUGUAGGGCCCCGGUCUUCGAUGUGGCUGUUGUCGGGGCUGUGACGACUCUGACAUGGCCUUCUGUCCACACGGUCCGUUGAGGAACCUGCCCAGCUGAUUCCACCUGGUCCCUUUCGGGGCGGAAGGGAGGCUGGACUGGGGCUGAUCCAGCCAGGCUUUUGGUCGGCCGCCUCCCUACUAACCUGGCCGGAGGCACCUUCCACAGGGACUCUGUUCCAACAGGAGUCCCUUUGUCCUAUCUCCCCCCCACCCCCACCCCCCGCCAUCUCUCCCCCACCCCC